AUGGGACGGCGAGCCGCCUCCUUUGAGACAUGCCAGGCGUCCACCGUCAAGGCGUCGCCAUCCCUGCGACCGGCAUCGUUCGAUUCACGAAUGUCGGCGUUCUCACCGGUGGACGUUCCACGACUGCUCGUCCAUUCGCCCGCGUCUCCGCUCGCCAUGGAGCCGCCGCCGCAGGUAACCGACAGCCGCCUACUGACCGUGCCGUCGCCGGACUACCGAAAAAUGUCUUGUGAGUACUAA